AUGGUAUCAAAGAACGCAAUUAUAGUCUUUGCUAGAUGCGGAUGUUGUAUGAGCCAUGUCGUGAAGCGUCUGCUUCUUGGUCUCGGUGUUAAUCCAGCCGUACAUGAGGUUGAGGAGAAAGAUGAAGUUGGUGUGGUUAGAGAAUUAGAAUUUAUUGCAAAUGAUGGUAGAAAAGUUCAAUUUCCUGCAGUGUUUAUAGGUGGAAAUUUGUUUGGAGGAUUGGAUCGAAUUAUGGCCACUCAUAUUUCUGGUGAAUUGGUUCAUAUUCUCAAACAAGCAGGAGCUUUAUGGCUUUAA